AUGGAAUUUUACGAAUCUUUAUCCACUGAUUUUAACCAGCUUUUGGAGGAAAGUGAUGACUAUGACAUGAUAAUUUAUGUUGGCAAAGAGCCAAAUGUAAAAAAAUUCUAUGCACAUACAGUGAUUUUACGUGCAAGGUCUACGUACUUUCGAAGAGCAUUAUCUAGGGAUUGGGCAAAAAAAGAGAAUGGCUCAAUCGUCUUUCAGAAACCAAAUAUCACAAAAGAUGUAUUUUUGUUUAUUCUUAAGUAUAUAUAUACCGGUGUCGCCGAUUUGCACAAACAAGACGGUGAAAUUAUUCUUAAUAUCUUAACUGCUUCUGAUGAACUAAAUCUUCAUGAAUUGAUUGCUUAUGCACAGGAUCAUCUUAUUCAAGAAAAAUCUGAUUGGCUACAAAAGAAUGUCGUCCAUGUAUUGCACACUGUUGCUAGUCUUGAAGCCUGCAAAGAUCUUCAAGAUUUUUGCCUAGGAAUGAUUUGUCAAGAUCCUUAUUGGCCAUUUGAACAUAUUUUACCUCUCAAAUUACGUGAGGAUAUAUUACAAUAUUAUCUUAAAAAAGGAAAUAUUGGUCAGCUUGAUUCUGUUAUAUUGCCUCCAAGAAUUCCCGGAAUAGAAUCAAACAUAAUUAAAUUUAGACAUAUAGCUCUUAUUGCAAAAUGGAUUGAUCGAAAAGAGGGUAAUCAAUCAAGUGUGGAAAAAUCUAAAUAUAAUUUUAUUUUGCUCCUACGUGGUACCAGGGAUGGUUUUACUGCGCAAGAAUUUCAUAAGCUAUGCGAUAAUCAAGGACCUACUGUUGUUGUUAUUAAAAUUAAGGAAUCUGGUGAAAUAAUUGGCGGUUAUAACCCGCUAGGCUGGCGAAGAUUCAACACACCAACUGAAGGUGGUUGGAUGUCUGCUGCUGCCCCACCUUGGUCUCCGCAUCGUCGAAGACCUUCAUUAAACAUUACUCGAUCUACAUAUGAUGUUGGUCCUUACCAAAGUAGCCAUGAUAGUUUUCUGUUUUCUCUUGGUGAUGGAAGAAAUCUUGAGAAUGCUAAACUUAGUCGUAUUUCUCCAGAAAAUACUUCUUUUGCUAUAUUUUCUUCUCAAUACCAUGGUCCUUGUUUUGGGCAAACCGAUUUGAGAAUGAAUGAUAACUUUAACUCUUCCUCAAAGUGCACGUGCCAACGCUACGACUAUGAAACUGAAAUUUGCGAACUUCAAAAUUUUUCUGUUGAAGAAUAUGAAGUUUUUCAGGUAGUUGACAAAAAUGCUUCAACGUCUUCACAAUCAACAUCUGAUCAGGCAUAUCCAGCUUCAACUAUGCAUCCUCCAAGGCCAGAAUUUACAAAUUAUCCGACGUCUUGGUAA